AGAUCAGCCCGGGGACGUGACAUUACCCCCCUCCCCAGGAGCGCCCCCUGGCCAGGGAAGGUACCACCAUGCUGCCGGUUGAAGUCCUCGAUCAGCGACCGAUCCAGAAUAUCCCGAGCUGGGACCCAAAUCCUCUCAUCCGGACCAUAUCCCUCCCAGUCCACCAGAUACUGAAAUCCCUGACCUCGAUGUCUGACAUCCAACAACCUCCUGACAGUGAAGGCUGGGGAACCAUCCACUAGACGGGGAGGGGGAGGGGGAGGGUUAGUAGCAGAUGGGUUAAGGCGAGAAUGAAACACAGGCUUGACCCGAGAAACAUGAAAGACUGGGUGUACCCGACCAAGUAUGGGAGGUAACUUGAACUUUACCGCCACAGGACUCAAUACCUUGGUGAUCUGAUAUGGCCCCAUGAACCUGGGGGCUAACUUGUGAGAAGCCACCCGGAGAGGAAGGUCCUUGGUGCAAAUGGAGAAAAACUAACCUGAAAGUUUUUAGAAUUCCGUGGAAAAACAGUAUGUCCAGCUAUAGACAGGCUCUAAAAACUGCCAGGGCCGAGAAUAUCCACAAACUCAUUGAAAAUAACCAAAAAAAUCCAAGGUUUUUAUUUAGAACAGAAGGUUAGAUUAACGAAUAACCAGACACCAGCUGAUUCUAAUAUGCCAUCAAUGUUUAAUAGUAAUGACUUUAUGAAUUUCUGCACUGAUAAAAUAGAUAAUAUCAGAAAUACAAUAACAAAUGUAGAUUCUACAGCAUCUAAUACUUCAGUGUCAUCCAUCGCACUCAAAGAUAAACUGCAGCACUUUACAACUAUAGGACAGGAAGAGCUAAAUAAAUGUAUCAAUGUGAAAACAAGACCAGGAUUCAACAGCAGAUGAAUGAGUUUAUUUAUGCUGAGGACUAGUCAGAAGGAUAACAAGACCGCCAGCACUCCGUGAGGAAGACCAGCGGGGAAACUUAACCUGGAAUCUGCUAGACAGCAGCGAGGGGAAGUGACGAGCCCGCCGACAGCUAACGUCAAGACCGGGAGAGGGGUGAGUAGAAUCGGCUGUUUAGUGGAUGCUGGCCUCAGCAAGCGAGAGAUACAACACAGACAAAAAGCUCCCCAGAGUCCUAGAGGUGCCAGGCAGACAGAAAGGUCAAAAACAGGGACACCAUACUGAAAAGACAGGGAAAAAACAAAUGAAUUAAGCAGGGUCAAAAAACUCGGAAGGCAAGGAGAAGAUUAGCGCUUCUAACAAUGCUUACGGACUGACACAAUUGCUUACGGACUGACACACCUGGCGAGCCAUCAAAACAAAAAGCCAGGUGCUCUACGGCAAUAAAAGCCUAAGACCCCACCGAGAUUGUGACAAACAAUGUAUCUAAACCAACAAUAUAUUUAUUAGAUCCUGUAUCCACUAAAUCACCGAAAGAGUUGUUACCUGUAGCAGAAGAACCGAUUCUCAACAUUAUUAACUCUUAGUUAUAUUUACAUCACGUCCCAAAACCAUUCAAGCUGGCAUUUAUUAAGAAACCACAACUAGAUCCUAGUGAAAUGGAAAAUUAAAGGCCCAUUUCAAAUCUUCCAUUUAUGUCUACAAUUUUAUAAAAAGUUGUGUCUGCUCAAUUAAAGGGUUAGUUCACCCAAAAAUGAAAAUUAUGUCAUUAAUAACUCACCCUUAUGCUGUUCCAAACAUGUAAGACCUCCUUUUAUCUUUGGAACACAGUUUAAGAUAUUUUAGAUUUAGUCUGAGAGCUCUCAGUCCCUCCAUUGAAACUAUGUGUACGGUAUACUGUCCAUGUCCAGAAAGGUAAGAAAAACAUCAUCAAAGUAGUCCAUGUGACAUCAGAGGGUCAGUUAGAAUUUGUUGAAGCAUCUAAAAUACAUUUUGGUCCAAAAAUAGCAAAAACGACGACUUUAUACAGCAUUGUCUUCUCUUCUGUUUCUGUGUGAGAGAGAGUUCAAAUCAAAGCAGUUUGGAUAUCCGGUUCACAAACGAAUCAUUAAGUUCAUCAAAUCGAACUGAAUCGUUUUAAACGGCUCGCAUCUCUAAUACGCAUUAAUCCACAAAUGACUUAAGCUGUUCACUUUUUUUAAUGUGGCUGACACUCCCUCUGAGUUCAAACAAACCAAUAUCCCGGAGUAAUGCAUGCACUCAAACAGUACACUCAAAGAUACAUCAUUCAAAGAUGAAGUGCUUGCAACCUGAACAUAUCGUGCAAUGCACAGGGAAACCUGGUGAGACAGAGGAGAGGCUGGGGCAGGAAGCAAACCAGAAUCCCCAGAAUCUCCAGGCACAUGAUGAAGAUGGGAGCAGGAACAGCAUCACUGAUGAUGAUCAGUGUUGGGAACGUUACUUUAAAAAAGUAAUUAGUUAUAGUUACUCACUACUUGUUCCAAAAAGUAACUGAGUUAGUAACUGAAUUACUCUAUAAUAAAAGUAACUCGUUACCAGGGAAAGUAACUAUUUGUGUUACUGUAAAAAAAAAAAGAAAAAAAAAGGUUGCUACAUGUCAGAGAAUUUGUACUUUUUUUUUUGCAGUUUUCAGAAGUCAGUUGAAAUGAGUAGAACAGACAAGUACAUAACUUUCAAUAUUUAUUGCACGUCAACAGACAGCAAGAGUUUUAUCCUGCACUUCCAAGUAUUAUCUUUGCCGGGUGUGCCGGCAUGUGUGUAAAAACACUGGCUCUGAUUGGCUACCAUGAAACACAUGACUCUGCCUUUGCCAAUCACAACCGCUUAUCUCGUCAUUAACCCACCUGCUCACUCGCUGUGUGAGCCAGGGGUGCGCUCGGAUUGCAUAGUUUAUUAAAUCAAUGCAUAGUAACGAACCGCAUUUAACGUUCAGUAACGUUAACGGCGUUGUAACGACGGGAAAAGUAAUUAGUUAGAUUACCGCGUUACUGAAAAAAUAACGUCAUUACCUAACGCCGUUCUUUUAAACGCCGUUAUUCCAAACACUGGUCAGAGGACAUGAAGCAGCAGGCAGAAGCGGACGGUACACAUGGCAGUAGACAACUUGGACAGGAUAUAGGAUUAGGAGAGGUCAGAAAGAAUUCAUGAAUUCGCCUGGUGAAGUGGCAAGGACGGAGUGGGAGAAGUUUGAUCAUGAUGUGGAUGCUAGAAAUAGCUUUGGCAGGAGUUGUGGGGAGGAAGCUCAAGGAUAUGGCUUCCAUUAUUUGCAGCAUAGGUGCUGAUUGCUUUGUAAAGAUAGAGCCAAGGUUAAAACAUACGUUCAGCCAAAGGAAAACAUACAGGUGUAGAAAAUAGCAAUCCUUAGAGGGGAUUUGUGGAGGCUAAGGAAGACAUAGGAAAAAACAAGGAAAGACUAACACUUACAGAAAUUUUUGAUAACCUGAGGGAGCACAUUAAAAUUUUGAGAAGAGCUGAUUUAAAAAAGAAUGAUUUAAGCUAGAAUAAAACCGAUUAUUAUUAUUUUUUUAUUUAUUUAUUUUUUACUACAGGGUCUGUUUUUUUUAUUUUGGUGUAUAGAGCAUCACAAUCCCGCCCACAGCCGGUGCGGGAAGUAAAAAUUCAAUACAAUUUCUGCAUUGACAGUUGGGUUAAAAGCCAUAAAAACGUGACCAUACAUGGUAGACUUAAAACCAGCUACGGCUGUACUAAGCGAUAGUAUAUGCUCAUAUAAACGCCAAAGGUUCAUGGGGCACUAAUCUUGUUUUGAGAUAAAUCCCUUUGAUUCGUGAUGUCUUGGCUAAGUACUUCAUUACCCACAAUCCUGAACAAUCCCACAAUCCCACAGUGAUGCAUCUGGUGGAGCUCUUGUAACCGUCUGGUUAAACCUCGCAAUGGUCCGUGAAUACUGAAGAUCAUUAAUAAAAAAACAUACAAUAAAAUAAAAACGUGUUGCGUUUUUGCAUGGUUGACUUAUCAGUGCAAUCAUGAUCUCCUUGGCUGCCAUGAGAGUUUUGCAGGGAGAUUGGUAAAGUUACUUAGCAUUCUCGUCCACUUUAGCUAGGCUAUGUGGUGGAAAAAUUCAUUUAACAUUGCUUCUGUAUACCUAUAUUUGCAUGUCUUUUCUUAGAAUUGCUGUGUGGGUUCAGAAGGGUGGCACCUGGGGGGGCAGAUGUCUGAGAAUGACCUGAGAGGGUCAUUGGGCCAUAUAGUGGGUGAACAAUGCCUGAGGAUGAACUGAAGGGUUCAUACAGCAGUUCAUACAGGGUUCAUACAUAUGAACUGAACUGCUAAGUCCUAAAUGUGAGAGAAACGGCCCAUAGAGAGUGUUCCUUGUUAUGUGUGGAAAUUUACAGCUGUUAAGACUUUGUAACCUUGACGCAUCAAAGGGAUAUAAGGUGGAGUACUGCCCUCUUCCUGGGUCGGUUUUACUCUGCAGGAACUCAGUGUUGCUGUAUGAUUGUCUGACCUUCUUUGCAAAGAAUAAAAGCUUUCUUUUUAAUUAUACCUGAGAGUGAGUCUGUCUCUUAUGCUGAUGAGAGUUGAUUAAAAUUUUGCGAACGUUGGAUUCCUUGGAUGUGUCCUCUGGACCUGUGAGUGGACGUUGACUGUUCAUCCUGGACUAUAGAAGUUCAGCCCUAACCCUGAUUAGGUUUGAGGGAGAGAGGGACCGACCACCGAGGCCCGGAGGGGACACCACUGGAAUCAGAAAAGAACCUGAGUGGCAAUAGAAAUCUCUGGUAAGAGACAGUUCAUGGUAUUCAAAAUUUUGGGUUUUUAGAAAUAAGGAUUGGAAUUUAAAUUAGAAGAGGGACGAACCAUAGCGGUGGGACCUUCUCUAUGGGAACACAAUCAAGAGGAUUCUGAGGGAAUCCGAUUGUGAGAAUACUGAGGCACAGUUAAUACAUUUCUAGUGGGGGAAUUAAAAUGGCUGCAACUGGCGUGAUCGUAAAUUGAGUUAGAAAUUGAGAUCAAAGCGAUCCAGAUAUUUCAAAGCGAUAAGCUGAGAUCACGUGCAAGCAGUUAACAUAUUUCUAAGAGGGACAGUGAGACUGUGCGAGUAUUGCCUGUCGACUUGGCCGAGAAAAAGUCGGAUCUGCUGGAGACGUCUACGUCUGACAGAUUAUAGCCGCGCCGAAGAGAAUCUCCACAGAGAAGGAAACCAGCAGAUAUGGGAAAGUCUCAGAGCAAGCUCGUUGAAUAUGAUACACCGGUGUUUAGGAAAAUGAAAAAAGUGUAUGGCCAAAAAUGCAUGCAAGAUAUGGGGAAAUUAAUAAAAUACCAUGGUUUUCCAAAAGAGGGAACGUUGAGUGUAGAAAUUAAAAGCUGUGAAGGAAUCAGUAGAAGAGGGAAGCGAGAGACAGAAAGCUUGUUGUGGCAGACACAUGUGUGAGAAAUGUGAACGAACUGUGAAUUGUUGGAUAGCGGAAGCAGAUAGGAGAGAAAGGACAACUAUGCAGAAAGAAUUAGCAAGUAGAAAGGAGGAAAAGAAAGUUGAAGAAUGUGAAGAAAAUGUAAAUGCCUCACAUAAACCUACUAACCGCUUUUAUGUUUGUGUUUCUAAACAUGUACCUCCGCCCUAAACACACUUUCCCGUGAUUGAGAUGCAAGCCGCGAAAAUGGACCCUGACCUCGGCUGCUCUCCACCGAGAACACCAACAGCACCGUGGCCAGAUCCAGAAUGGAGACAGAGGAAGAACCAGAAAUCAUUCCUGAAACCCCCAACAGAGAAAUUGAAGAGGAAAUACUGCGCAGAGCAACCCCGACAAAGAAAAGAAAAACCAGAUAAACAGCGAAAGAAGAAAAUAUUACAGAGGUUCAUUAAAGGACAAGAAUAAUGGGAGGUAAAGAAUCUAGACCUGAGAGAAGGAUUGUCCUUUUUGGGAAGACAGGAGUUGGCAAGAGUAGCGCCGGGAAUACAAUCCUUAAAAAACGAAUAUUCAAGAGUAAAGCUUCACCUACAUCGAUGACUGCAGACUGUGUGAGUGGAAAUGGGAUGGUUUUUGGAAGAAAAAUCACUGUUAUUGACACACCUGGGAUUUUUGACACAGUUGUUUCCGAGGAUGCCAUCAGAGCUGAAAUCAUUAAAUCCAUCACUGAAAUGGGCCCAAGUCCUGACAUGAUAGUAAUGAUUCUAAAGGUUUCAAGGUACACCAAACAAGAAAUGGAGAUUGUGGAUAUUAUGAAUUCAUAUUUUGAGCAGCAUGGUGAUAUCCUUAAACACAUAUCAGUUUUAUUCACUCACGGUGAAGAUCUAGAAGGUCGAACCAUUGAGGAAUUUGUGAAGGAGAGUCCAAAACUACAGCAGCUUGUUGAAAACUGUGGAGGUCGCUGUUAUGUUAUUGACAACAAACACUGGAGUGAAUGCUGCUGGGGUUAUAGGAGCAACAGAGUUCAGGUGAAAAAGCUGUUGAGGACCUUCGAGAAGAAUCUGAAAGGAAGAGAGAAAGGCUGCUUUAACAAUGAGCUGCUUCAGAUGGUGGAGGAAGAAAUCCAAGAAGAGAUUAAAAAUAUAGAGGACAAUUUGCAUGCAGAAGGGAAAAAAGGAAAAGCUAAAGAUAACGUUUAUAAAAAACUUCUCAUUAGGCUUGCCGGAGUGACCACAGGGACACUGGUCGGUGCUUUCCUGGGCAUCGGCAUUGCAGUGGGAACUGUUGUGGCUUUACUCAAAGCAGCAAAGUUUGCUUCAGCGUUGAAAGCCAUUGGGGUUGAAGUGGCUGCAGGUGCUGGCAUUGGAGCAGCAAUGGGUUCAGGAAUCACUGCCGGUGUUCUCGGAGCUGCGGCUCUCUCAGGAUGUGUUGGAGGAGCAAUUACUGGAUAUCAAGCGUCAGUAGAAUCUGACUCUGUGGGAGAUGCUAUAUUAAAAGCAGCAAGAGCAAGCUGCGAGACAGCAAAUGCUAUUGUUGAAAUGGCAGAACUCCCAUUAUUUUCAAACGCAAUAGAUAACAUUUGUGAAUAAAAGGCUAAAAUUUAUUGAAGAAUAAUAUUUCAUGAAACUUUUCAUUUGAGUUAAUUUUACUACAUUCAUCAUCAUUUAACUCAAAUGAUCUUAAAAAUGUAGUUCUGCACAAAAUAAUAAAAUUCUGUCAUUAAUUA